CAAUGCCUCUCCCGAGCUCAGGUGAGGACGGCGACGUUGAGCGCGACCUUGGGGCGUACAAGUUCGCCGCAUCGCUCGCAUACGCUAGCCCUUCGCGGUAUCGCAGCGGUGCCUUUGACAAUGGAUCCCGUGGCACGCUGCGUCGUUGAAAUGGUGGACGUGAAUGCCAAAUUACUCAACGACGUGCAGGCAUCCAUCUGGAGGAUGCCGGAAGUGCGUUUCGAGGAAAAAAAAGCGCACGACCUGCUUACGGGAGAGCUUUACAAGGCAGGAUUCCGGGUGACACCCAGCUACGUCCUGCCGACGGGAUUUCGGGCCGAGUACUCGCAGCCUGACAUAAGCGGCCCGUGCAUCUGCUUCGUGGCCGAGUACGACGCGGUGUCCGAGGUGGGCCACGCGUGCGGGCACAACCUGAUCGCCGAAGCUGCCCUGGGCGCCUCACUGGCGCUCAAAAAGGCGCUUGAAACGACGCCAGACCUUCCAGGCCGCGUCGUCUGCCUUGGGACGCCAGCCGAAGAGGGCGGCUCUGGCAAGCUGCUCAUGGCCAAGGGUGGCGCACUGGCCGACGUGGAUGCAGUGAUCAUGGCGCACCCGAGCUCGGUGAACGACGUGGCACCGCCCUACCUUGCCUCGGGCAAAGUACAUGUGCGCUACACGGGCAAGGCGCUCUACGUAGUGAGCGCUCCUCCCCACCCCGUGAACGCCCUGGACGCCGCGGUGACUGCCUACACCGCAGUGACCGCCAUGCGCCAGCACAUGAGGCCCACUUGGAAGGUGCACGGCGUAAUCACCCGCGCUGGCUUGGUGGCGAACGUGAUCCCAGACGAGACGGAGCUUCUCUACUACUACCGGGCGCCCAAUGCGCUGGAGCUGGAGCAACUGCGGCGACUGCUCGAGAACUGCUUCCAGGGUGCCGCCGUAUCCACUGGAUGCACCCUCGACCUGGACUGGCAGGCGGGCUACGAGGCGCUGCUCACUAACUGGCCGCUGGCCGAAGCGUUCCGCAAGAGCGCUGCGUCGCUGGGCCUGCAGCUCGAAUCCAAGAGCUUGUCCAAGGUAUUCUUCAUAGCUUCCUCAGACAUGGGUCACAUGUCGCAGCGCGUGCCCACCAUCCAGCCGACUUUCGCCGUCUGCUCGGCUCCGAACCACAGCCGCGACUUUGCCGCCGCCGUGUGCCACAAAGAGGCGCAGGGCCCAACGCUGCUCAUGGCCAAGGCCAUGGCGCUCACGGGCCUCCAGCUCUUCCGCGACCCCGAGCUCUUGAAAAAGGUCCGAAAGAGCUUCUCCGAAGGACUCGCGUUCUACAGCCCGCUGCCAUGAUCGCCACAUACAUGCUGCACCGAGAGGAAGGAUCUCUGUACCAAAGACACACGUUUGUUCCGUUCUCGCUUCGGCAUUUCGACUGCCGUCGCAGUUAGCGCUUCUCUCGGAAACGAACGCAAGUUGUCAUGCGGCACCUUUCACCACUUGAUGUACACUCGGAAAGACCCAUCUGAGGCACUGCGUAAGCCCUGUAAUGAGUGAGCUGCGCUAUUCUGGGAGGAAUUGUAUAAAAAAUGUCUUGAAACUCAUUAAUUCAGGUAGAUUUCAUUUCCAAGAUAUGUAAAAAGGAAACCGUUUUAAGGUAUAUUCGUUGAAAUAAUACACAUAAUCGGUAGCAGAACGUCCCUAUCGUUUAACGCUUAGCAGGUCACGGAAUCAUGACACGUCUACAGACAUCGACUGACUGGCAUCAUAUAUUGACAGGAUAUCUAAGGUAGUUUGCAUUUGUUUCUUUUUCUAGUACUGUCUGCUAUAGCAAUUGUCCCUUUAUCUUCGUGCGGUGAAAUCACAUACGCCAGACGAUUCCUGGAAAAUAACGAAAAAAUAAAAGAGGAAACUACGCCUUCAACAGAGCGCUAGUGUGUGUGGUUUGUUGCGAAGCGGCGCAUAAC